UCUCCUCUCUGCUCUUUGUCUCGUCCUGAGUCGGUCGGACCGGCGGACGUGAGCUGACGCUGUGUUUCACCUGCUGCACAUCGUAGACCGGUGGGUGUGAGUGUUUCAUAUCCCUCGUUCCUGCUGUUGAGCUCUCUGUGGGUGUGUGUGGGAUGUUGUGUCAGGGCUAAAGCCCAUCCCUCUCCCAUGAGCCCGUGUGCCCACACACACACCUGGCGCCUCCACGCACACACCCGGCGCCCACACACGCACAGCCGGCACUGACGCUGUGAACUGGACCCUCGGAGCCCAGCGGAUCCCAGCGGAGCCAAGCGGAGCGGUGUCUAGGAGCCUGAGGAUGUCAACAGAGACAGAGCUACAGCCAGCGGUCAGGCCCAGCAGCGUCAGACGGGACUCCAAGAGGAAAGGGCAGGAUCGCAGCGAGGCAGCUCUCAUCAGGCGUUUUAAGGGCGAUGGCGUCCGCUACAAGGCCAAGCUCAUCGGCCUGGACGAGGUCACCGCCGCCCGGGGAGACAAACUCUGCCAGGACUCGAUGAUGAAGCUCAAGGGUAUAGCUGCAGCAGCACGGUCUAAAGGAGAACACAAACAGAAGGUGUUUCUGACUGUCUCCUUUGGAGGGAUCAAGAUCUUUGAUGAGAAGUCAGGGGUCCUCCAGCAUCACCAUGCGGUCCACGAGAUCUCCUACAUCGCCAAGGACAUCACGGACCACCGCGCCUUCGGCUACGUCUGCGGGAAGGAGGGGAACCACCGCUUUGUGGCUAUCAAGACGGCACAGUCGGCGGAGCCUGUGAUUCUGGACCUGCGGGACCUGUUCCAGCUCAUCUAUGAGAUCAAGCAGAGGGAGGAGAUGGAGAAGAAGGCCCAGAAAGACAAGCAGUGUGAGCAGGCUGUCUACCAGACAAUACUGGAGGAGGAUCUGGAGGACCCGGUCUACCAGUACAUUGUGUUUGAGGCGGGACACGAGCCCAUCCGCGACCAAUCAGAAGAGAGCAUUUAUCAGGUUCCCACCAGUCAGCAGAAGGAAGGGGUCUAUGACGUCCCAAAGCGACACCCAAACGGACAUCAAAACACCCCCCACCACCAUCAUCAGCAUCAGCAUCAUCAUUAUCAUGAUCAGCCUCUUCAACACCAGCAGCAGCAGCAGCAGCAGGAGCAGCAGGCUGCAGCAGAUCUGAUAGACUUAGACCUGGGAAUGGUGACUCAGAAUAUCAACCAGUUAGAGAUUUUUGGAGACAUGUCCACACCCCCUGACAUCACCUCCCCAUCGACUCCCGCCUCUCCAGCCAACACCCUCGACCCCUCGCAGGGCCUGCAGCCUCCCACAGAACUGUUUGCUCCCUUCAAUCCUGCGUCUGUGCCCUCAGGUUAUGUGACAAUGGGGGCGGUCCCCCCCGGCCACUGGUCCCAGCAGGCGUUUGCUGCCCAGACGCCGCUGGCCUUCGGGGUCCAGUCUCCAUUAGGCCCGGUGGCCCAGGUGCUGCCUGGCGGCCAGCCUCUCAUCUGGGGCCAGGCCAACAUCUUCCCUGCCACCCAGCAGCAGUGGGCGGCCAUGGCGGCCGGAGCCUUCCCCCCCACAGCCUACCUCCCUGCCCAGCCGGUGGGCACCCUGCCUGCUGCCAUGUUCCAGACUCUCACUCCCGUCACGACUGUGACUCCGGCCGGCGAGAGCCAUUCAGGUGCUGGAGCCGGCGCUUCAGCUCCCUCCCCCUCGGCGUCGUCGAGUCCGCAGCACGGGGAGAGGGGGAAGAAGAUUGGCAAGGAGCUGUUCAAGGAUUUUCAGCUGGCGAAGCCUCCGGCCAUGCCGUCAAAGAAGGCUGACCAGCCCAGCUUAGCAGGAACCUCAGAGGCAUUCAGCACUUACUUCAGCCGUGUGGGCACCGCCCAGGACACGGACGACUGUGACGACUUUGACAUUUCUCAAAUGAACCUGACACCGGUCACCUCCACGACACCGUCCACCAACUCACCACCCACCCCGGCUCCCAGGCAGAGCUCCCCCUCCAAGUCCUCAGCCUCCCACGUCAGUGACCCCCCCACCGACGCCACAGACCCGCCCACGGACGACUCGUUCGGGGAAGCGGAGGGCAGCCCCAGUCGCAGCGGAGAGGAGGACGCUACGGACCGGUUCAGAGGCCAGAGGACCGGACCUCCCGAGGGACCGGGCCCUGAGCGGGAAGUGUUGCGAAGUCAACAGAUUCUGUGA